UCUCUGUUCUCAGUGACUCGGUUCAAAUGUUGGAUCGCUCUGCUCAUCUCUGCGGUUCUGUUUCUCUCUCCCUCUGUUUUUGUAAUUAUAGAUCACACAUCCGGCAUAUGAUGAUUAUAGGACACUUAUGAUUUCACAGUAAAACAGAUUACAUGAGUAUAGAAGAAUAUUUUGAAGAAGAUGAAGAACCACCUUUACUGCUCAGCUCCUGUCUGUCUGAUCCUGCUGGAGUUAUGGGGGACAUUAGCGGCGCAGUGUCGGUGGGAGGACGGGUGUGUGUGUCCGCUCUGUCCAGCUGGACAAGAACCCACCACGGCUUGUGGGGAAGUUGAAGGUCCUGGUGAGAUCGGAAUGUGCCGGACUUGCCCAGCAGGCACCUUCUCUGAUACCAAUGACACUGAGCCGUGCCGCCCACAUCUCUCCUGCAGGACACUGAACCGCUGGAUCUUGACCGCACCGACCUCACUCUCUGACGCUGUGUGUGGAGGAUGCCUUCCCGGGUUUCACCCUGCUGCUACACGGAAGUCCUCCACCCUCCACGCCUGUGUCAGGAAGCCAUACAGCCGGCGGAAACGUAAUGUUGGUAAGAGCACCACCAGCAGGUCUGGACCUGGAGGUGCAAACGCCACCAGUGUUCAGAGUCCAGAGGAGAAGAGCACGGAGUACGCUGUGUUUGCACUGGUACCUAUCUUCUGUGUGAUGGGCCUGCUGGGAAUUUUCAUCUGCAACCUGCUCAAGAAGAAGGGCUACCGCUGCAACGCGGAGAAGGAUGGGGUGGAUGCAGAAGCCGCCACUCCACAGAAAGAAGGAAACCCUUGUCCCUACAUCGUUGAUGACCCCAAUGAAGACACCAUCAGCAUUCUGGUGCGGCUCAUCACAGAGAAGAAAGAAAAUGCAGCUGCUCUGGAAGAACUUCUGCAGGAAUAUGAGAAUAAACAAAUGGCCCUCAACAAGAGCUCAUCCAUCAAGUUUCCUGCUCUUCCUCAUUUCUCUCCGUUCCGUUCGCUGCCGCGGCUGUGUUCCCAUCAGCAUCAUUUGCACACUAUAAACGGGCUGGCCUCGCGCUCCGGCCUCUGCUGCUCCCGCUGCAGUCAGAAGAAAUGGCCCGAGCUGCUGCUGCCCAUCGAUACGCACAAAAGCCCCACCGACCUGGUCAAGGCACCGGAGGUUACCAUCCUGUCUGUAGGAAGGUUCCAAGUCGCUCAGAUCCCAGAAGUGAAGUCAGCUUCCAAGGAAGUGACCCCGCCUGAAUCGAGCGACACGGACUCCAUGGACAGCAGCCAGACGGAGCCGGCGGAAGAGCGUUCCCUGCUGGGCGUGUCCUCUUCUUGUAACUCCGCCUCCUCAAAGUCCAGACAGGAGAUGAACAUAUGAAAGGUUGGAGGAGGACGUCCACUGACGGGACAGAUGACAUCAUCAGUAGGCGAGCGAUCAGGGCAGACGUGUGGCGGUGAUGUCAGUAUUCACCACCUUGAGGAGCCUUGAAUUCAAGACCUUAGGAAACAUUCGUAUUUAUUGCAUAAGUCAUAGAACUAUUUUAUUAAGAAACAGUAAGCUCUGUCUCUGCUAGCAGAUAAUAGGAGAGCAAAGGGCAUUUACUCAGAAAGCAUGUGUGCUUCCGCGAGACACUAAAGAGGUCUUAAGUGCUGAAGAAAAAGCACUCAGAACAACAAGACACCAGUGAGACAUUCUUUCCAGUUAGAAAACAUUACCAAGUAUUAUGAGAAACUAGUUUGGUUUACAUCUCUGGUUUUUAAGUUCUUUUCUCUCUCUCUUUUUUUUUUUUUUUUUACUGUAGUUCUGUUUUUUAGUAUUUAAGGUUUUAAAUGAGUUUCAUAUGUACAGUCAUGGUCGAAAGUUUGCAUACACCUUGUUUUGUUAAUAAUAAAAAAGAAAACAUACAAAAACAUUGUCAGUUUCAUAUGCAUAUAUUCUAUUGUUUAUAUAAACAUUAGCAUUCUGUAGUUUUUACUAAAAUAACUUAUAUUCAAAUAACUUAUAACGUAUAUUCAAACAAAGGUACAGGAUGUACAAAAAUAUUUAAAUCUUUCCUAAUAAGGCGAAUGUGCUUUUUUGUUACAUAGUCGCCAUUUUGGACUUUUAUUUUGAAGUUUUGGAAUAUGACACUCAUGUGACUAAAUCAUGAACAAAGAAGAACACAAGGAAACAAGAACCAAAAACAGGAAAUGGUAACAUUGAAAUAAUAAAAUGAGCCAAUAAUCAGGAAACUACAAAUACUACAUGAUGAAAACAGGAAACUAAACCAAAAUUUCAACAUAAAAGUCCAAACUUGGAAUAAACACCCUUAAAUCAUAAAUGUGUGCAUUUCAUAAUAUUUGAUUGUAGAGUCCAAAAUUGUUAUUUCAUCAAAGUUCUUUUUUGUCAAAUGACUGGCUUGAAAUGUGUGCUUAAGUCUUUUUAUUAAAAUAAAUACUUUUUAUUAAUCUAAAGCAAUGACAUUAAGACAUUUUGAAGUGUGAUUAAAGGACUAGUUCACUUCCAGAACAAGAAUUUACAGAUAAUGCACUCACCCCUUUGUCAUCCAAGAUGUUCAUGUUUUUCUUUCUUCAGUCGUAAAGAAAUUAUGUUUUGAGGAAAACAUUUCAGGAUUUCUCUCCAUGUAAUGGACUACAGUGCCCUCAAAUUUGAACUUCCAAAAUGCAGUUUAAAUACAGCUUUAAAGGGCUCUAAACAAUCCCAACCGGGGAAAAGGGGUCUUAAUUAGCGAAACGAUCUGUUAUUUUCUAACAAUUUAUAUACUUACAACCUCAAACGCUCCAUCUUGUCUAGUCUAGCACGUGACAGUUAGGGUACGUCUAAAAACUCCCAUCUCAUUUUCUCCUCCAACUUCAAAGAGACGGGAGUUUUUAGACGUACCCUAACUGUCAUGACCAGAAAAAACAGUUCACACAGAGACAAGCGUUUGAGGUUAAAAAGUAUAUACAUGUUAUUUAUUUAUUUAUUUUUACAAAAAUAAUUGAUAGUUUCGCUAGAUAGGACCCUUAUUGGCCUGUUGGCAUCGUUUAGAGCCCUUUGAAGCUGCAUUUAAACUGCGUUUUGGAAGUUCAAAUUUGGCUCAUCAUGGACGUCCGCUAUAUGGAGAAAAAUUAUGAAAUGUUUUCCUAAAAAAACACAUAAUUUCUGUACGACUGAAGAAAGAAAGACAUGAAUAUCUUGGAUGACAAAGGGGUGAGUACAAUUUUCUGAACAUGUUUGUUAUGAAAGUGAACUAAUCCUUUAAAGACUUUUUGGGACCACUUUGUUUCACAUUUUUGGUUUACAUUUUUCUUUUUAAGAUAAAAAACAGGAGGCUAGUUGUUCACCAUUUAAAAAAUGCUCAUGUAAAUAGUACAAAAACAAUAGCAAUAUUGCUUAGAAAUGAGCAUUUUCAGGUGUUCACAACUUUUUGACCAUGACCGUAGAAUGUGAUAUUUCAUAUAUUAACAAACCCAGACUCAAACGAGCUUUUUCGCACCACAGCCUUCAGCUCAUCAGCUUGACUUAAAGCUUUUCUCUAAAAAACAAAGCAAACUGAAGCAAUACAAUAUAUUCAUUUAUAUCCUGAGCAGACGCUUUCUUAUCAAGGCGUCCUACAAUACAGCACUCAAAGUAUCAUCUCAAAGAAUCUUUGUAGUGCCUCAGACUAGCUGUCUUGUUUCUUUGCUAUGUAGCACUAAUGAAAUACAUUUAGUAUUAGCACUGAAUCUUAUGCAUUUUAGAUUGCUCGCUUUAUCAAACCGGAAGGAUGUAUCUUAUCAUGCUGUUGUAUUUCAGUCCAAAUCAGUGAAGAGGACAUUAUUAGUGAUAAAAGACUGCUUUCAUCAGUCUGGCUGACGUUCACACUGCACCUAAUUUGAAAAACGAUAGUGAAUCUGACAUUUUUAGUUCUGAUAUAAAUGGAAAUAUAUUGCAUAUCAGAUUUUCUUAUGUGUGAUUUCAGUAUGAACAGCAGUGAUCAGAAUUUUUUAGAUUUUUAAAUCAAACUUUACGUUCGUCAUAACUAAACUCUUACUUCCUUUUGCAUGAAUUUUAAAAUAAUUUAUAAAAUGCACUUUGUUAAAUAUUAUACACAAAGGUGCAAAAAUAUAUUUUUAAAUAUAUUGACAUUUCAAAUGUUGUCAACAGUGACAUUACAAAUAAUAAUGCAUUGAUUGUCCAGACAGAAAGUUGUAGUUGUUCACUUUGGCUCGCAGUGUGAAUUUAUAUCCACCUUUGUACAUUUUAGUGUCACACAGCCUCCUCUUACAGGAUAUUGUUCAUCAGUCCACAGAUGUAGAAAAACAUGCAUCUACAUGAGCUGUUUCUUUUAUAGCUGAAUGAGUCGAUGCAAGUGGUGCGGUACAGAUUGUGCAAAGCUUAUGAAAAUAAAUGAUACUGAACAGCUACGGUACUCAGCUCAUCUCAGAGUUUCACCUUGAUUGUGAAAUUCAUGUCCUCAUGAAAGUUUCAUCAGAACGUACAUAUUAUGAAAUAUUACUCUGUUUCAGCAUUUUCUUUUCCAUUGUAUUUAUUUGUAGUUCAGAGGAAGUAGUGACAGGCAAGGCUACUCAAGGGUAGCAUCACAGUUUUGUUACAUGCAUUUACAUGCACAUUUUAUAUAAAGUGAAUUUUGAUACAA